UUGUCUAUCUGGGAAUGGAUUGGAUGUGGGAAAUCAAAGAAAUUGGCUCUGCGUUUACAGCUGUAGUAACAAAAGCGACUGGAAAGGCGUGGAGGUCUCUUCUAACUGUCGAGUACAUUUCAACCGUUGUUGGUGGAUGUUUUUCAGAAGAAUAAAGAUAAUUCGUUAUGGAGACCAAGUCCGCUUUUAGCUGAAGGGGUAAAAACAAGGAUGGCCGCGGACGUGGAUAAAAGAUUCCCGGUGGACAAUAAUCCUUCUCCGGGGGAGGAUGGGAGUCUGGACGUAUCUCCAGGCGGGGAACGACUGGUGUCCGGUUCUUCCAAGCGGCCUUGGAUAACUAGAGCUCUGUCAACAUUUCUUAUGCUAACUAUAGUUCCUCUUAUUGCCAUUAGUUAUAAAUAUUAUCAGGAUUCGAAACUUCUAAAACGUCAUGAAGUGGCUAUAAAAGCACUUGGAACUGAGGGCCUCUUUGUAUUCUCCUCCUUGGACACCGACCAUGACCUGUACCUCAGCCCUGAAGAGUUCAAACCCAUCGUGGAGAAACUCACAGGGAUCACUCCUCCAGCUGAUUUUGAGGAGGAAAUUACCCAUGACCCUAAUGGAGAGACCCUAACCCUGGAGGCCAAGAUGAAGCCUUUGAAUCUUGACACAAUGACAAAGAGCAAGGAUGGCUUCCUGGGGGUUACCCAUAGUUCUCUAAGUGGACUUCGCGCCUGGAAGAGUCCUUCAAUACCCUCCAUGUCCUUCUCAGCCAGCCAGUUCAGGGCCUUCCUGCCCCCCAAAAACAAAGGGACGGUGGGGGAUACCUGGUGGGUCAUUCCAAGCGAGCUCAACAUCUUCUCCGGGUACCUGCCGAACAACCGUUACCACCCACCUGUCCCGAGAGGCAAAGAGGUUCUCAUUGACUCACUGCUGAGUAUGUUCCACCCGCGGCCAUUCAUCAAGCCUCGCUUCGCCCCUCAGGGAACCGUGGCCUGUGUCCGGGCCCUCAGUGACUUCUAUGUGGACAUUGUCUUCCGGAUUCAUGCAGAGUUCCAGCUCAACGAGGUCCCAGAUUUUCCCUUCUGGUUCACCCCGGGCCAGUUCACUGGCAACAUCAUUAUGUCCCGGGACUCUUCUCACAUUCGACAUUUCCUCCUCUAUGUCCCCAACGACAGGACCCUGAACGUAGACAUGGAGUGGCUCUACGGAGCCAGCGAGAGCAGUAACAUGGAGGUGGAUAUUGGAUACCUGCCACAGAUGGAGCUGCAGGCCACAGGCCCAUCCACGCCCUCCUUCAUCCAGGACGAGGAGGGGAAUAUACUUGACAGUCGAGGGGGAGGCGGUGACCCGGUCCAGUUUGUCUUCGAGGACAUCCACUGGACGUCUGAGAUCAGUCGAGAGGAUGCUGCUCGUCGCCUCGAGGUCACCUUCUACCCAUUUAAGAAGGUGCCAUACCUGCCCUUCUCUGAGGCGUUUGAGCGAGCGCAGGCGGAGAACAAGCUGGUGCACUCCAUCCUACUUUGGGGAGCACUGGACGACCAGUCCUGCUGAGGUUCGGGGCGGACUCUCCGGGAAACAGUCCUGGAAAGUUCGCCCGUCCUGGCCCUGCUCAACCAGAGUUUCAUCAGCAGCUGGUCCCUGGUCAAAGAACUGGAGGACAUGCAGGCUAAUGAACAGGAUCCGGUUGAGAGUCAGAGGGCCCGUUUACACCUGGAGAAGUACAGCUUUCCUGUGGAGAUGAUGGUGGCACUGCCAAACGGCACUAUUGUCCAUCACAUAAAUGCCAACUACUUCCUGGAUGAAACAUCCAUGAAGCCUGAUGAGGAACCCACUACAUUUAGCUUCUCCGGGGGAUUUGAGGACCCAUCCACUGCUACGUAUAUCAGCUUCCUCAAAGAGGGGUUAGAGAAAGCCAAGGACUACGUGGGACAGUAAAGACGUGUGUGUCUGUGAGUGUGUGUCUGAAUAUAGGGUACUUCUUUUGAAGGAUAGUGGUCAGAGAAACUUCUAACUUUAAUUUAGGGAUCUUAUUUCUACAGUACUGGCAGCUGAUGUUGUUUAAUUAACAUCCAACAUUAUCAGUAUUAAAACAUCCUCCAGAAAAAUGCGUUGUGAAGACAUAUCGAUGCCUUUACAAUGUUUUUUUGUUGUUGAGUAAUUUAACUCAAUACUCAGUUGGUAGAUGUUCUUAAGUGACAGAGUACUUUCAUCUCGUUCCAUAUGAUAAUUAGCUUUUACCAAUUAUUCUAAACAACCAACAGUGUUCAGGGUUAGAACAGUGCCCAGCAAUGCUUGGAUCUCUGCAGCUUGUCCAGUUAAUUUACUUUGAAGUCAUUACAUGAGAAUUAGAUUUAUUUUACUCAGUUAUACUGUAAAUACAUUUUCAUAGCAAAACAAGUGUACGGCAGCAUAUUGCAUUCUAGUUUUUUGUUUUAAUAUUGCUGUAUUUUGCAAUAUGUCAAGAACCACAUUUUGUUCAGUCAUCUACUGUUGGAGAAGUUGGACAGAACGGUUGUAGGUGUUCUCCGUAAAGUUUCAGCAGUUUGUGAUGGCCUUGCCUGAAAGUCUGAAUUUGCCUGGGCGAGACCUGAUGUCAUUGCUAAAGCUUCUGCCAACAACACCUCACCCGUUUCUGUUUCCAACAGUGGUCAUGGAAACCAAAACAAAGCUGUAUGGUGACAGUGUGAAAUGUUUUCUACCAAGACCAAAUAUUUUACAUGUAUAUCUCGUCGAUGCAAUCUUAACUCAGCCCAUUGGAUAUAUAAACAAGGUGGUUUGAAGACAAUGUUGAUUGGCUUAUAGCUGUGGUAUGAGUGACCAUGCGUAUGACAUCACUUUCUACUGCUCUAAUUGUGUUGGUAAGAGGUUUUCUAGGGGUAAUAAGGCGUUUUAGGUGCUUAUGGUAUAUUGCCAAUAUACCAUGGCUGAGCACGGUGUCCAGGCACUCUGUAAUUCGUCUGGACUAAGAACAACUCUUAGUUGUGGUAUAUUGGUCAUAUACCACACCCACUCGUGCCUUUUUGCUUCUAUCAUGUGUGGAUGGUUGAUUUUUAAAAGUUUGUCUCAUAACCAGUGUCUAGUUAAGCUCUGAUGUAGACCGAACUGAAGAUGCCAAAUAAAAAACGAACCACUGCAAAGUCUUGAUUGUCCUUUGGUGUCCUGAAGUAUCAGAAAUAAAUCUUAUACAAACACAAUGUAACCUUA